AUCUCUUCUGCUGACAUUCCGUUCGUCUGCUCCUGCCGUUUUCACUGUGCACGUGUGAAAUUUUUGAGAAUGCCUUGAAGGUAAAAAUUUUCGUGUUUGUGAGUGUGAACGCGCUCAAAAUGUCGAAGAAAGUAGGAAAAGGACACAAGGCGUGCUGCGCUGCUUUGUGGUGCAACAACUCUGGAAGAAACAGCGCAGCGAAAUUUUUCCGCUUCCCAGCGGACGACAGGUGUGACGUAUGGCGGAAUUACAUCAAGAGGGCAGACCUCGAGGGACUUACACGGGAGCAAAUGUACAACGGCUACCGCCUCUGCUCGGACCACUUCGCCGAAAGUGCCUUCGCAAAUCCUGCCAAAACACGGCUCUUGUGGACGGCUGUUCCCACUGUUGCAGUGGAAGUGGGAUCCCCGAUCGACGAAGGGCCCUCCCUGGCAGAAGCCACGGCUGCUGCGGCUCAAGAACACCCUCGCCAAAAGAGCAUCGCCCAGAUUGCAGAUUCCAGCCAGACACCGGUUCACCCCGAAUCCCCAAUGCCUGGACCAUCUGGCCUUUCCACGUGUGGACGUGCGGAUGAGUGUGCGCCGUGCCCGGAAACAUCCGGCCAGGAUAAACCAACUUCCACACCAUCUCACCGAGGCCCAAAGAGAAAGGUGUAUUCACCGAAGACCGCAGCCGUCAUCAAGCGACUAAAGAUUGAUGCGCAAAGAUGA